AUUUCCUGCUCAAAAUGCGGCGGCAGGCCGCUUACAGCUGAUGCUGCGGCUGUUGCUGAUCGCCACGGCGCUGUACAUCCCGCAGCUUCGUAUUGCGGAGGCGGCGUGCACCAAAGUGCGGAACGUGCUCGUCGUCGGCGCGGGCAUCUCGGGGGUCUCCGCGGCGCGGCACAUCGCCGUCACCAACGGCGAGUGCUUUAAGGUGACGGUGCUCGAGGCGCGCAACCGCGUUGGCGGGCGCAUGUGGAGCCGCACGGAGCCCUCGCCGGCCCCGGGCGUCGGCAGCGGCGGCGUGAUUCGCGGCGAGAUGGGCGCGCAGUGGAUCCAAUCAGCGACGGGCAACCCCAUCACCGCCAUUGCGCGCCGAUUCAAGCUCAAGAUUGGCGAGCAGAACGGCGAGGAGAUCCAGUACCGCGCGGGCGGGAGCGCGUACACUGCAUUUCAGCUUAAAGUCGCGUCGGCUAAGUACGACUGGGCGCUGAAGCGCGCCAAGCAGAUCGCGAAUAAUCAAGACAACGACAUUUCGAUGGAGAAGGCGUUUCGUGCUGCCGGAAACUUCCUGAACCCGUAUAUUCAGUCUCGCGUGGCGGUGGAUUUCGAGUUUGAGUAUUCGGGCGAGCUGUCAACGGUGUCGUCGUGGUACUACCAGGACGAGGCAUUUGACGGGCCCGAUCUGGUGGUCACCAACGGCUACGAUAACAUCCCCAAGCUGCUCAUGCAGUUCUCAACCCUCACUCUGUACCCACCCACACCUCUCACUACCACUCGCCAUCUCCCCUUGAGGAGGCCCACCAACUCCAGAGCGCAACUACUCAAACCUCUCUGUGGGUGCCUCAAACCUCCUCUCACUCUCCUCCCUUCCUCCUGCCCCAUCUCCCCCUUCAGGAGCGGUGCGGAACACUGGCAAGGAGAGCACCACCAGCGCCACCCACCCUUGCCACCUGCCUCUAAGUCCCCGUGGAUGUUCACUUUCCACCCCAUCCCUCCUCGCUUUUCUCCUCCCUUCCCUGCUCCACCCCCUCUGCAGGAGGCCACCAACGCCGGAGCAAAGCUGGUUCUCAACUUUGAAGUCACAGCUAUCACGCGGCUGAGCUCAGCGGCAGUGCGUAUCACCGGCAAGGACACCGCCACCGGCGCCACCCGCUCCUACUCCGGCGACGCUGCCAUCAUCACCCUCCCCCUCGGUGUUCUCAAGGCAGGAGUUGUCUCCUUCUCUCCCGCGCUCUCCGCGCGAAAGCAAGGCGCUAUAAGGCGCGUCGGGUUUGGGAACGUGAAUAAGGUUUUCUUUUUCUACAACACCACGUUUUGGCCGACCUGGGCGGAUGAAUAUUUUAUCGAGGAUGCGCAGCUUCCGGGAAACCGCGGGCGGUGGGUUGACUGGGUGAAUUUGAAGCGAGCGUGGGGUAUGACGGCUUUGGAGGGUGUUGCGGUGGGUUCGUAUGCGACCCGCAUGGCACAGAUGAGCGAGGCGCAGUGCAUCAGAGAUGCAGCAAACAAGAUUAAAGCCAUGUUUCCAAAGUACAAGACUGCAAAGGCGCACGCGGUGUGGUUGCAGCGGUGGAAUUUGGACCCGUAUGCGCGAGGUGCAUACAGUUAUGGAAGGCUGGGGAUGAAAGGGGAUGGUGACGCUACAGGAGAUUUCAACAUUCUGGCAGAACCGGAGCAAAAUUUCCUAUUUGCAGGGGAGCAUACGAAUGGAGCUUAUAGAGCCAGUGUCCAUGGAGGGUAUUUGUCUGGGAUUCGGGAGGCUAAGAGAGUGCUUAGGUCUUACUAG